AUGGCUCGCCACGGGGACACUCGCUCACCAUCACCUGUAGGCAGCACAUACUCUUCAUCCAGGCGGAGCCGCAGAGAGGAUGAUCGAUACGACAGAAGUCGACGAGAUGACGGCAGGAGCUACCGCCGCUCACGCAGCCCUGAGAGGCGAUAUCGGGACCGUGAUUUAUACCGCAGGCGAGAUCGCUCCUUAGAUCGGCGCGAUGAUCAUCGUGAUGAAGAUUCCUACAGACCGAGCAGAAGAGAACGUUCGAGAGAUCGACGCCGUUCGAGAGACCGAGACGAUGAUCGGGAUUACCGUCGGAGGAGUCGCGAUAGGGAUUAUCGAAGCAGGCGAGAUGACUCCCGCGAUCGGGCUCGGAGGCGGAGAGACGAUUCUACUGACUCGAAGCGCAAGUCUAGACGGGAUGAUAGCAGGGAACGUGCUUCGCCCAGAGAUCCAGGCGCAAGGUCUCGCGAGGCCUCUAAGCCGUCCACGCCAGCUCCCGCCGCUCAGACAGACGAAGAGAAAAAGGCCGAACGGUUAGCCAGACUCGAAGCCUGGAAACAGAAACAGGCAGCGGAAAAGGAGCGGAAGCAGCGAGAACUAGCUGCAUCUGGUGGUGCGCGGAGCAUCUUGGAAGAAAUUGACAAGAAAUCCGGGUUAUCACCCUCUGUUAGCUCUCCUCAGUCGCCGGCUACGCCAGGUAGUGACACUGCCCCGGCUUCUUAUGCUGGUAAAUUUGAUCCGAAAGCGAUCGUAAAGAAAGCUACAAUUACUUCUACUGGCCCAUCACCACUUGGGACCGACGUUGCUGUCCCCGAGACUGCCAAAGCCUCAAUAACCACCGCGAAUGGCAAGAUCAAGGCUAACCAGCCCUCAAGCGAUGCAAGCAAAUCUUCUGUUCUAUUGAAGGCAAAGGGCAACGUGAGUGGUUUCGGAUUAGGGGCUAAGCCCGUCGCGGACGCUGAGAAGCCAUCCACGACGCGAACACUAGGCUUUGGCGAAGAGGAGUCUACCCGAAAGAAAUUGGAAAAGCUUCCGACGCCGCCGCUCGAGGACUCCACUAAUGCUGUGGCAGAAGUUGCCGCUGAGGAUGAGGACGACGACGUUGAUAUGCAAGACGGCGGCACGGAAGAGGAGAACGCGGCUGCUGCCCGCGCAGCUGCAGAGAAGCGAGAGGAGCGACUACAAGCCCAAAACUUGGCUUACCAGUCUCAGACGGCUGCUCAGACGAAUGGCGACGUGGAAAUGACCGAUGCCUCGAACCAAGCUGCCAAGGCUGACGAGGAAGAGAUUGAUCCGCUGGAUGCUUUCAUGUCGGGUCUGACUGAAUCUGGCCCUAAGAAACCGACAGUCAGAUUCUCGAAAAAGAAGCAGGAACCAGAGGCCAUAUUUGGUGACGAAGAUGAUAUCGACAUCAGUGCUGUUGGCGAUGGUGAUGCGGAAGACUUCCUCGCCAUUGCAAACAAGUCUCGAAAAAAGAAGGAUAUCCCUGCCGUGGAUCACGCAAAGGCAAACUACGAGCCGUUCCGAAAGAGCUUCUACCAUGAGCCGGUUGAUCUGGCAGAGAUGACGGAGGAGGAGGUCGCGAGUCUGAGACUGGAACUUGAUGGCAUCAAGGUCCGUGGCGUCAACGUGCCGAAGCCUGUCCAGAAAUGGUCGCAGUGCGGACUGGGUGUGCAGACGCUUGAUGUGAUUCGUAAACUUGGCUACGAGAGCCCUACAUCCAUCCAGUCGCAGGCUAUCCCGGCUAUCAUGUCAGGACGCGAUGUCAUUGGUGUAGCGAAGACUGGGUCUGGAAAGACGGUUGCCUUUUUGAUCCCAAUGUUCCGCCAUAUCAAAGACCAGAGACCUCUUGAGAAUAUGGAGGGCCCCAUUAGUCUGAUCAUGACUCCGACUCGCGAGCUGGCGACGCAGAUCCACAAGGACUGCAAGCCGUUCUUGAAAGCUCUUAACCUUCGGGCUGUCUGCGCCUAUGGUGGUGCUCCAAUCAAAGAUCAGAUUGCGGAGUUGAAGCGUGGUGCCGAGAUCAUUGUUGGUACCCCCGGACGGAUAAUCGAUCUUCUUGCUGCAAAUGCAGGACGCGUCACAAAUCUGCGCCGUGUCACAUACGUUGUGCUUGAUGAAGCCGACCGGAUGUUCGAUAUGGGCUUUGAACCUCAAGUGAUGAAAAUCAUGGCUAACAUCCGGCCAGACCGACAAACGGUUCUCUUUUCAGCUACCUUCCCGCGUAACAUGGAGGCUCUAGCUCGGAAAACACUCACUAAGCCAGUUGAGAUCGUUGUCGGGGGCAGAAGUGUCGUUGCGCCGGAGAUUACGCAGAUUGUAGAGGUACGGAGUGAAGAGACCAAGUUUGUGCGCUUGCUCGAGCUCUUGGGUAAUCUCUAUGAUGACCCGGCCAACGAGGAUGCCAGAGCCUUGAUCUUCGUUGACCGCCAGGAAGCCGCUGAUAGUCUGCUGAGGGAUCUGAUGCGCAAAGGAUAUCCCUGCAUGUCAAUCCAUGGUGGAAAGGACCAGAUCGAUCGUGACUCGACCAUUUCCGAUUUCAAGGCUGGAAUCUUCCCGGUCCUGAUCGCAACUUCAGUGGCUGCUCGUGGGUUAGACGUUAAACAGCUUAAGCUCGUUGUCAACUACGAUGCGCCCAACCAUCUCGAAGAUUAUGUUCACCGAGCAGGCCGCACUGGACGUGCGGGUAACACCGGUACUGCUGUUACGUUUUUGACCGAAGAACAAGAGCGUUACUCGGUUGAUAUUGCUAAAGCUCUGAAACAAAGUGGCCAGGCGGUGCCGGAGCCGGUACAGAAGAUGGUGGAUUCUUUCAUGGAGAAGGUCAAAGCGGGCAAGGAGAAGGCUAGUGGAUCUGGUUUCGGAGGUAAGGGUCUUGAACGACUGGACCAGGAACGAGAUGCCGCGCGUAAUCGCGAAAGGAAGACGUACAAGACCGGCGAUGAAGGCGAAGAGGACGAGAAGGAAGAGAAGGCCGACAAGGGCGAGGAUAUCUUCGCCAAGGCCGCAUCGGGUAUUCAGUCCGCUGCCGCUCCGCUAGCAGGCGUUCCCAAGGGCAUCGACUUGGACGGCAAGAUUACGGUGCACAGGACCGAAAAGCCAGCUCCUGGCACGUCAACGAACCCACUGGACAAGGUCGGUUCCGCCGUGGCCGAUAUCCACGCGCGUCUAAACCGCGCUGGUGUGAUGAGGUCUGGAGUCCCUAUCGACAACAAGGGCCCCGAUGCUGGCGCCUUCCAUGCCACGCUUGAGAUCAAUGACUUUCCUCAGAAAGCUCGUUGGGCCGUCACCAAUCGCACCAAUGUCGCCAAGAUCCUGGAAGCCACUGGUACCUCCAUCACCACCAAGGGAAGUUUCUAUCCACCUGGCAAGGAGCCUGGCCCUACCGACAACCCCAAGUUGUACAUCCUUGUUGAAGGAGACACCGAAUUGGUCGUCACGAACGCCAUGCGGGAGCUUAUGCGUCUGCUGAAGGAAGGAACUCUUGCAGCGGCAGAUAGUGAAGCUCGCGCGCCAGCCAGUGGCCGGUACAACGUUGUCUAG